AUGAAGAACAAAUUUACAUAUGAUGAACUAUGGAAGUAUGGAUUAUUAUCCAUUAUGGUAAUGAAAACUCAUCCAGUAGAUAGGUUAAGCAAAACAAAAUCGCCAUGUUUUGGAUGUGAAUGCGGUUUUCACGUGUGCUUUCAUAUUCACGUCUGCAUUCACGUUUAUAUUCACAUAUGUAAUAGAUUCAACUUUUACAUCUAUCAGUGUUCCGAGUAUUGUUCAAAUCCACCUUACCACGAAUUGGAGGGUAAGUUAUUUACAUUUGGUGAAUCGAAAUUUACUUCAGAAUCAAUUCUGAAAUCAGAAAUCAAAUCAGAUUCUGAAAUCAGAAAUUCAGAAUCAAGAAUCAAUUUCGAAAGAGAAAAAAGAAUCAUUUCUGCUGUUUUUAAAGAUGAAUCGUGA